AUGGCCCUGAGUAAGGGUGGCAGUGGGGUGUGGCCCGUCACCCGGAUGACACAGGAGCACAAUGGCUCAGCUGUGCCACAGCCUGGGCUGGGGCUCCUGACUGGGACCUGCUUUUUCCUGGGGUCCAGUUCCUUUGCCCCAGAAAAGUGGGAUGGACAGGUUUCCAGUGACUCCGGACCUGGGCCCAUUCCCAGCCCUGCCGCCCUCUUGCUGCAGGAUUUGGGCCUCACCGACCUUGUCCACCUGAGAAAGGGGGGCUGUGCUCACAAGCUGGGUGCAGCUGAAGGUCAGAGCGAGCAGAGCAGCACGUGGCCAGGUUCAGGGCCAGCUCUGAGCAAUGUGGCCCCUCCCUUCCAGGGCGCCGUACCCCUGGAGCAGGCGCAGAACCCCACUUCAGAGCGUGUGCGGUGGUCAGACCCUGAAGCCAGGCUGCCCCACUCCUUCUUGCUACCCACCCAGGAGGGCUCCGCUGGGCCUCCCAAGGUGUCUGUGUGGGACAGGAAGCGGAACAGGCGGGGAGGCCGACGCUCUCAGAUGUUAGAGACGGUGAAGCCAGGGCCCAAACAUGGGCAACCUGACUGCAAGCCAGCCUUCCUGGAAAAGGGCGGCCUGUGCUGCCACCUGGUGGCCACUGUGAGGUGCCCCAAGGAGACGCCCAGUUCCUGUCCUGAGGGUGGCUUGGGGGAGGAGUACAGGUGUGGAGGCUUUGGAGUGACCACAGAGAUCGUGCUCCUCUCCGCAAAGAGUGGGAACCUAGGCAGAAGUGGCCUCCUGCAGGGGUGGGGUUUGGAAUCACAUUGUCAGGCUGCAAGUGAUUCGAGUCACAAGAUUCCUAUUUCAAACUUUGAAUUUGGAUGUGACCAAGCAACUGUGCUACAAAACCUUUAUAGGCUCAUUCAUCCGAACCCAGGGAAGUGGCCACCUAUCUACAUCAAGUCUGACGAUCGAGCCAGAGUCAACUGGUGCCUGAAGCACAUGGAGAAGGGGUCGGAAAUCAGGCAAAAUCUGGAACUUCUCACUGUCAAGGAUCUUGUAGUGGGGAUCUACCAGCAAAAGUUCCUCAAGGAGCCCUCCAAGACCUGGGUUCGGAGCCUCCUCGACGUGGCCAUGGGGGAUUAUUCUAGCAACACAAGGUGCAAGUGGCACAAGGAAAAUGACAUUCUCUUCUGCGCUUUAGCUGUUUGCAAGAAAAUUGCGUACGGCAUCAGCAAUUCUCUGGCCACGCUCUUUGGAAUCCAGCUCACAGGGGCCCACGUGCCCUUGCAGGAUGACGAGGCCAGCAACAGGGUGACACCCAAAAUGGUCAUAUUAGAUGCAGGGCAGUACCAGAAGCUAAGGUUUGAGAGCUCAGGAUUCUCUCAUUUCAACUAUUCUAAUCAGGAACCAAGAUCAAACACGCCCAUUGGUGACUCCCCUUCUGGGGUGAAGCUUUCAGGCCCAAACAGCAGUGUUCGGGGAAGAGGGAUCACGCGCCUGCUAGAGCGCAUUGGCUCCCCCAGCAGCGUCCCCAGGUUCUCCAGCUGUGAGACCGCGCUCCCCCCUGCCCUGUCCCUGAUGGGUGGGUACAAGCCCUUCUCCCCCCUGUCUUAA